CGGGCCUGACAGUACAGUAGGCGAAAAUGGUGAAAGUUAAAGAAGUUCAGGGAACGGGAUCUCGGAAUGGACCCAGCCUACGUGGUGUUACUAAACCCAGAGACCAAGGAGACGGUUGGUUUAAAAUGCCGCUUCGUUUGCACACCGAGAAUACCAAACCAAAUAUAGUAACGUACAUCCAUCUUGGAGAGGCGGGCAAAGACGACUUUCAAAACUAUGUCGAAGGAAAAGAGGAAAUACAGUUACAGGUGUAUGAUGAAGAAGAUUUACCGGAUAUGGAUAUUAGAGAUAUUUUAAAUGGAUUGGAUCACACAGGAACAGCUUCAGAUUUCUCAGAUGAAUCACACAGAUGCAGCCGAGUAUGCCCAGUAGGCUGUCAGGGACAUCUUAGACCUAAUGAGAUAAUAAUCUACGAGGGAAUAGAUGUGAAUGGACGUCUUCAAGAGAGGAAAAGGUUUAAAGGACGACUUAUUAUUAAAGAAUCCACUAAGAUCAUCAAGAAAAGGAAGAAAAAAUCAGUUAAAGCUAAACAAUCAAGAAGCACUCCCGAGAUCGAAGAUGUUAAAAUCGGUGAAGAGCUUCCUGAAAAAUAUCGAAACAUUCUUAAUGAACCACCGGUAGUGCCUCAGGUUCAGACAAGCAACGGCUGGAACCCUCUGGAUAAAUCCCAGAAUUUAACCAUGAAAACAAACGAACAUUUGACUGUCAGACGGCAGCCCGUAACACAAUCUACUGAUGGUAUUCGAGGCAAAACUGGAGUUGCUAGGGGCACCACAAUUUAUGAGAUCAGUUGGCCAAUAAGGAUGCGCGGUACACAUGCUGCAGUGGGUGUGGCCACCAGAACCGCCCCAAUCCAUGUUCAUGGGUACAAGUCCCUCAUAGGGGACAAUGGUAGUUCCUGGGGUUGGGAUAUUGGUAGCAAAGAGAGUAUUCACAACGGGGAGAAAACAAACUACCCUCCAACAGUUCGCAAUCAUUACGAAUGGACGGUACCCGCGGUCUUCUACAUGAUUAUUGAUAUGGACGAGGGGACUUUAAGUUUCUCUGAUGGCACAAGAUGGUUUGGCAUAGCACAUCAUGGACUUCAGGGAUCUACCGUUUAUCCUGCUAUAAGCACUGUGUGGGGGCAUGCAGAGAUUUCUAUUUGUUACAUUGGUAGCAGCCAGCCUGGCAGAUGAUGAUAAAUGUCGUCUUCAACAAAUUCCGCUUUCCUUGCUACAUUUUCUUUGAUGUUGACAAUAAUUUUCUUACAAGAAAAUUCCAUUUUAUAAUUAAUAUUAUCGUAGUUUACGAGUAUAGUUUUGUCAAAAAUAGUUUAGUGGUAAAUAUUGUGAAAAUAUAUUAUUAUCUGCUAACUAAUAGUCGAGUGGUAUAUAUUGUGAAAAUAUAUUAUUAUCUGCUAACUAAUAGUUUAGUGGUAUAUAUUGUGAAAAUAUAUUAAUAUCUGCUAACUAAUAGUUUAGUGGUAUAUAUUGUGAAAAUAUAUUAUUAUCUGCUAACUAAUAGUUAAGUGGUAUAUAUUGUGAAAAUAUAUUAUUAUCUGCUAACUAAUAGUUUAGUGGUAUAUAUUGUGAAAAUAUAUUGUCUGCUAACAAUAGUUUAGUGGUAAAUAUUGUGAAAAUAUAUAAAUAUCUGCUAA